AUGCCUCGUCUUCCCAACAGCGAGGACCCGCCCGAGAGGCCAGAGUUCAUCACCAACAUCAUCAAUGGGCUCGAGAGGUACAACCCCGAAGCCGUUGGCACACUCGAGCAAUACCUCACAACACAAUGCGAGGAGAGGUUCUGUGACUGCAAUGCCAACAGGACAUUGCUGAAACUGUACCAACUCAACCCAGACCGUAUCAAGGACGAGGUCAUCACCAACAUCCUCGUCAAGGCCAUGACCCUCUUCCCAUCCCCGCAAUUCAGCCAAGCCCUGCACCUCCUCAGCCCGUCCGCCCUCUCGCAGCAAUCUGAGCUGUCCGAGGCCGUGUCCAAGCUGCGCGCCCUCAACAACCAGCUCGAGGGUGCCCAGUACGCCCGCUUCUGGGCCACCAUUGAGAGCGACGACCUCUACGCCGAUCUCACCACCGACAUUCAGGGUUUCGAGGAGAUGGUGCGCCUGCGCAUUGCCGUCCUGGUCAGUCAAGCAUUUAGGGAGGUGCAGCUUUCGCUUAUGGAGCAGUGGCUUGGUUUGGAUGAAGCGCCGCUCAAGACGUUCAUCACGGAGGCGUGCGGGUUCAAGAUUGAGGGCGACACUGUCCAGAUUCCCAAGAACCCUGACAACGAGGCGAAGAAGGCUGAGAUUAGGGAAGAUGUCAACGUGGAAAUGUUCUCGAGGGUUAUCAGGAGGGCAUGGGAAGAGGUUGCAUGA